GCUUCUCUACUCCAGCACCCACCCGAGAGCAACAACUUUUCCUCCUCUCUGGAAGCCAGCCCUCGUCACCACCACCACCAGCUGGGCGCUGCACCUUUCCCAAGCUCUACCCUACCCCGGCCCAGCCCCCCGGUGGGGUUUUCUUAUCUCCCUUUUGCUCUCCCUUCCCCUCUUCGACCACUGCAGUGUACCCAACACUGCCCCUGGAGCGGCGGAGAGGAGAGAAAAUCAGAAUCAAAAGAGCUGCUGUCCGCUCCUGCAGGGGUCUUGGGAAACUUUUGGUCUUUUUUUUUUUUUAAUGGUGAAGCUCCUUUGAUUUCUUUCUCGCCCGCCCAACUUUCGCUUAUGUCACAGUCCUAAGUCGCUCCAUUGAUUUCUGACCAAGAUGAGUUGUAACGGAGGAUCCCAUCCGCGGAUCAACACCCUGGGUCGAAUGACCCGUGCAGAGUCCGGCCCGGACCUACGCUGCGAGAUGACCUACGGAGGAGGUGGCUUCGGUGGUGGCGGCGGCGGCGGGGGCGGGGGAUCCAGCAACAAGAUGUAUUAUGUGAGGAGGUAUACCGUGAACGACCAGAACUCCGACGGCUACUGUCAAACUGGUGGCACAAUGUCCAGGCACCAGAACCAGAACACAAUCCAGGAGCUUUUGCAGAACUGUGCUGACUGCUUGAUGCGGGCUGAGCUCAUCGUUCAACCUGAGCUGAAGUAUGGAGAUGGUAUACAACUGGGUCGGAGUAGAGAACUGGAUGAAUGUUUUGCUCAGGCCAAUGACCAAAUGGAAAUCACUGACAGCCUAAUCAGAGAGAUGCGGCAAAUGGGCCAACCCUGUGAUGCGUAUCAGAAAAGAUUACUUCAGCUUCAGGAGCAAAUGCGUGCUCUUUAUAAAGCUAUCAGUGCUCCCCGAGUAAGAAAGGCUAGUUCCAGGGGUGGUGGAGGAUACACUUGUCAGAGUGGCUCCGGAUGGGACGAAUUUACUAAGCGCCUCACCAGUGAUUGUUUGGGAUGGAUGAGGCAGCAAAGGGCGGAGAUGGAUUUAGUGCAAUGGGGUGUUGAUUCAGCAUCUGUAGAGCAACAUAUCAAUAGCCACAGAGUCAUCCACAAUGCCAUUGGCGACUAUCGGUGGCAGCUGGAUAAAAUUAAGGCCGAUCUGCGUGAGAAAUCUGCAAUAUAUCAACUGGAGGAAGAAUAUGAAAACCUUGUGAAAGCAUCCUUUGAGAGGAUGGAUCACCUUCGCCAGCUCCAAAGCAUCAUCCAGGCUACUUCCCGUGAGAUCAUGUGGAUCAAUGACUGUGAAGAAGAGGAGCUGCUCUAUGAUUGGAGUGAUAAAAACACAAAUAUUGCCCAGAAACAGGAAGCUUUCUCUAUACGUAUGAGCCAGUUGGAACUCAAGGAAAAAGAACUCAACAAGCUUAAGCAAGAAAGUGACCAGCUUGUUCUCAACCAGCAUCCUGCUUCAGACAAAAUCGAGGCAUACAUGGAUACUCUGCAGACACAAUGGAGUUGGAUCCUUCAGAUUACCAAAUGCAUUGAUGUUCAUCUCAAGGAAAAUGCUGCCUACUUUCAGUUUUUUGAAGAGGCUCAGUCAACUGAAGCCUACCUGAAGGGCCUACAAGAUUCCAUCAGGAAGAAGUACACCUGUGAUAAGAACAUGUCACUGCAACGCUUACUGGAACAGAUCAAAGAACUUGAGAAAGAACGAGAGAAGAUCCUUGAAUAUAAGCGUCAGGUGCAAAACUUGGUAAACAAGUCCAAGAAGAUUGUCCAGCUGAAACCUCGGAACCCAGACUAUAGGAGCAAUAAACCCAUUAUCCUCAGGGCUCUGUGUGACUACAAACAAGACCAGAAAAUAGUGCACAAGGGAGAUGAAUGUAUCUUGAAGGACAACAACGAACGCAGCAAGUGGUAUGUGACUGGCCCAGGAGGCGUAGACAUGCUGGUCCCUUCUGUCGGUCUUAUUAUCCCUCCUCCAAAUCCACUGGCAGUGGACCUUUCUUACAAGAUUGAGCAAUAUUAUGAAGCCAUUUUGGCUCUGUGGAAUCAGUUGUAUAUCAACAUGAAGAGUCUGGUGUCUUGGCAUUACUGUAUGAUCGAUAUUGAGAAAAUCAGGGCUAUGACUAUUGCUAAGCUGAAAACAAUGCGCCAGGAAGAUUACAUGAAGACAAUAUCUGAUCUUGAGUUACAUUACCAAGAAUUCAUCAGGAAUAGCCAAGGCUCAGAGAUGUUUGGAGAUGAUGACAAACGGAAAAUACAGUCUCAGUUUACUGAUGCUCAGAAACAUUAUCAGACCUUGGUUAUACAGCUCCCAGGUCACCACCAGCAUCAGACAGUCACUACAACUGAAAUCACUCAUCUUGGCAAAGAUCCAAACCAAAAUCAGGUCAUUGAAAUCAACAGAGAAAAUGACAAGCAAGAAACAUGGAUAUUGCUGGAACUUCAGAAGAUUCGUCGGCAGAUGGAGCACUGUGAGAGCAGAAUGACUCUUAAAAAUAUUCUUCAAGCUGACCAAGGCUCUUCUCACCACAUCACAGUGAAGAUAAAUGAACUAAAGGGUGUGCAGAAUGAUUCACAAGCAAUUGCUGAAGUCCUCAACCAGCUCAAAGAUAUGUUAGCUAACUUCAGAGGUUCUGAAAAAUACUGUUAUUUGCAGAAUGAGAUAUUUGGGCUAUUCCAAAAACUGGAAAACAUAAAUGGUAUUACAGAUGGCUACUUAAAUAGCUUAUGUUCAGUGAGAGGACUACUUCAGGCUAUUCUCCAGACAGAAGACAUGCUGAAAGUGUAUGAAUCCCGCCUCACUGAAGAGGAAACUGUUUGUUUAGACCUUGAUAAAGUGGAGGCUUACCGCUGUGGACUGAAGAAAAUAAAAAAUGAUUUGAACCUGAAGAAGUCAUUGUUGGCUACCAUGAAGACUGAGCUACAGAAAGCUCUGCAGAUCCACUCCCAGACUUGCCAACAGUAUCCACUUUAUGAUUUGGAUCUUGGGAAGUUCAGUGACAAAGUCAACCAGUUGUCAGAUCGUUGGCAAAGAAUAGAUAAACAGAUAGAUUUCAGAUUAUGGGAUUUAGAAAAACAAAUUAAGCAGCUGAGAAAUUACCGUGAUAAUUAUCAAGCAUUCUGCAAAUGGAUCUAUGAUGCCAAACGUCGCCAGGAUUCUUUGGAAUCCAUGAAGUUUGGAGAUUCCAGUACAGUUAUGAAAUAUUUGAAUGAACAGAAGAAUUUGCACAAUGAAAUAUCUGGUAAACGAGACAAAUCAGAAGAAGUACAGAAGAUUGCAGAACUCUGUUCAAAUUCCAUUAAGGAUUAUGAACUUCAGCUUGCAUCAUACACUUCAGGACUGGAAACUCUGCUCAAUAUACCUAUUAAGAGAACUAUGGUUCAGUCCCCUUCAGGGGUCAUUCUGCAAGAGGCUGCAGAAAUUCAUGCUCGGUACAUAGAGCUACUUACAAGAUCUGGAGACUAUUACAGAUUCCUAAGUGAAAUGUUAAAGAGUUUAGAUGACCUGAAGCUGAAAAACACCAAAAUUGAAGUUUUAGAAGAAGAACUUCGUCUCGCCAGAGAUGCCAAUUCUGAAAACUGUAACAAGAACAAAUUCUUGGAUCAGAACCUGCAGAAAUACCAAGCAGAGUGCUCCCAGUUCAGAGCAAAACUUGUGAGCCUGGAGGAGCUAAAGAGACAAGCUGAGCUGGAUGGAAAAUCAGCUAAACAAAACCUAGAUAAGUGCUAUGGGCAGAUAAAAGAGCUCAAUGAGAAGAUCACAAGACUCACUUAUGAAAUUGAAGAUGAAAAGAGGAAAAGAAAAUCUGUGGAGGACAGAUUUGACCAACAGAAGAAUGACUAUGACCAGCUGCAGAAAGCAAGGCAAUGCGAAAAGGAAAACCUUGGGUGGCAAAGAUUAGAAUCUGAAAAGGCCAUCAAGGAGAAGGAGUACGAGAUAGAAAGGUUGAGGGUUCUUCUUCAAGAGGAGGGCGCCCGGAAGAGGGAAUAUGAAAAUGAGCUGGCAAAGGUAAGAAACCACUAUAAUGAGGAGAUGAGUAAUUUAAGGAACAAGUAUGAGACAGAAAUUAAUAUUACGAAGACCACAAUCAAGGAAAUAUCCAUGCAAAAGGAGGAUGAUACCAAAGGUCUCAGAAACCAGAUUGAUCGACUCUCGAGAGAAAACCGAGAUCUGAAAGAUGAAAUUGUCAGGCUGAAUGACAGCAUCUUGGAGACCACAGAGCAGCGGAGGCGGGCUGAAGAAAACGCUAUUCAGCAAAAAGCUUGUGGGUCCGAGAUUAUGCAAAAAAAGCAGCAGCUAGAGAUCGAGCUUAAACAAGUGAUUCAGCAGCGCUCAGAGGACAAUGCCAGGCACAAGCAGUCUCUCGAGGAGGCUGCAAAGACUAUUCAGGAUAAAAACAAAGAAAUAGAAAGACUCAAAGUUGAGUAUCAGGAGGAGGCUAAGCGCCGCUGGGACUAUGAGAAUGAGCUAGGUAAGGUAAGAAACAAUUAUGAUGAGGAAAUUAUUAGCUUAAAGAACCAGUUUGAAACAGAGAUAAACAUCACCAAGACCACACUCCACCAGCUUACCAAGCAAAAAGAAGAGGACACCAGUGGCUACCGAACUCAGAUAGAUAAUCUAACCAGAGAAAACAGGAGUUUAUCAGAGGAAAUUAAGAGACUGAAGAACACUUUAGCUCAGACCACAGAGAAUCUUAGGAGGGUGGAAGAAAAUGUCCAGCAGCAGAAGGCGACUGGCACUGAGAUCACUCAGAGGAAACAGCAGCUGGAGUUUGAGCUGAAACAGGUCACCCAAAUGCGCUCAGAAGAGAGCACAAGAUAUAAGCAGUCACUUGAUGAUGCUGCCAAAACCAUUCAGGAUAAAAACAAAGAACUUGAAAGACUCAAAAAGUUGAUAGAAACUGAAACAAACCAGAGAAAAUGUCUGGAGGAUGAAAACGCCAAAUUACAAAGAACACAGUAUGAUCUGCAGAAAGCAAACAGUAAUGCCACGGAGACAAUAAACAUACUGAAGGUUCACGAACAAGAGCUGACACGCCUGAAAAUUGACUACGAGAGAAUUUCUCAGGAGAGAACAGUAAAGGACCAAGAUAUUUCACGGUUCCAAAGUUCUCUAAAAGAGCUCCAGUUCCAAAAACAGAAAGUAGAAGAUGAAUUGAACAGGCUGAAGAAAACCUCUUCUGAUGAAUGUUCUAAGAGGAAGAAGCUAGAAGAUGAAUUGGAGUCCAUGCGGAGAUCUUUGAAAGAGCAAGCAAUCAAAAUCACCAACCUGACGCAGCAGCUGGAGCAAGCAUCCAUUAGCAAGAAGAGAAGUGAGGACGAUCUCAGACAGCAAAGAGAUGUGGUAGACGGGCACGUGAGAGAGAAGCAGAGAACUCAAGAGGAGUUGAGGAAACUGGCAUCAGAGGUCGAAACCCUGAGGAGGCAAUUGGUCCAGGAACAAGAGAAUGUUAAACAGGCUCACCUGAGAAAUGAGCACUUCCAGAAGGCAAUUGAAGACAAGAGCAGGAGUCUGAAUGAAAGUAAGAUAGAAAUAGAGAGGCUACAGUGUCUCACAGAGAACCUGACCAAAGAACAUUUGAUGCUAGAGGAAGAGUUGCGGAACCUGAGACUGGAAUAUGAUGAUCUACGAAGAGGAAGGAGUGAAGCCGAUAGUGAUAAAAAUGCUACUAUCUCUGACCUAAGAAGCCAACUACAGAUCAGCAACAACCGAACCUUGGAACUACAGGGGCUGAUUAAUGAUUUACAGAGAGAAAGGGAAAAUUUGAGACAGGAAAUUGAAAAAUUCCAAAAGCAGGCUAUAGAGGCAUCUAAUAGGAUUCAUGAAUCCAAGAAUCAAUGCAGUCAAGUUGUGCAAGAAAGAGAGAGUCUUCUGGUAAAAAUCAAAGUCCUGGAACAAGACAAGGCAAGGUUGCAAAGGCUAGAAGAUGAGCUGAAUCGUGCAAAAGCCACACUGGAGUCAGAGAUUAGGGUGAAACAGCGACUGGAGUGUGAGAAACAGCAAAUUCAGAAUGACUUAAAUCAGUGGAAAAGUCAGUACUCCCGCAAGGAAGAGGCUAUUAGGAAGAUUGAAUCUGAAAGAGAAAAGAGUGAAAGAGAGAAGAACUGCCUAAGGAGCGAGAUUGAAAGGUUGCAAGCAGAGAUCAAGAGGAUUGAGGACAGGUGCAGGCGAAAGCUGGAGGACUCCACCAGGGAAACACAGUCACAGAUGGAAUCGGAACGUUGUCGAAUGCAGAGAGAGAUUGAUAAACUCAAACAGCGUCCAUAUGGAUCUCAUAGGGAGACUCAGACUGAAGAUGAAUGGUCCAUUGACCCCUCAAAACUGAUGUUUGAUGGGCUGAGGAAAAAGGUGACUGCAAUGCAACUCUACGAAUGUCAAUUGAUAGACAAAACCACUUUGGACAAACUGUUGAGGGGGAAAAAGUCAGUAGAAGAAGUUGCUUCUGAAAUCCAACCUUUCCUUCGUGGAGCAGGUGCUAUCGCUGGGGCUUCUGCUUCCCCUAAAGAAAAGUACUCUUUGGUGGAAGCCAAGAGGAAGAAAUUUAUUACUCCAGAAUCCACAGUAAUGCUCCUGGAGGCCCAGGCAGCUACAGGAGGUGUGAUUGACCCCCAUAGGAAUGAGAAGCUGACUGUUGACAGUGCCAUUGCUCGGGACCUCAUUGACUUUGAUGAUCGGCAGCAGAUCUAUACUGCAGAAAAGGCUGUCACUGGCUUUGAUGAUCCAUUUUCAGGCAAGACAGUAUCUGUUUCUGAGGCCAUCAAGAAAAAUCUGAUUGACAGAGAAACAGGAAUGCGUCUGUUAGAGGCUCAGAUUGCCUCAGGGGGUGUGAUAGACCCCAUUAACAGUGUCUUUUUGCCGAAAGAUGUUGCUUUGUCCCGUGGGCUAAUUGACCGAGACUUGUAUAGGUCUCUUAAUGAUCCCCGAGACAGUCAGAAGAACUUUGUGGACCCCAUCAACAAAAAGAAGGUCAGUUACAUGCAGCUGAAAGAAAGAUGUAGAAUUGAACCACACACUGGCUUGCUUUUACUGUUAGUACAGAAGAGGAGCAUGUCAUUCCAAGGAAUCAGACAGCCUGUCACAGUCACUGAACUGGUGGAUUCUGGAAUUUUGCGUCCAUCCACUGUAAAUGAACUCGAAUCAGGCCAGAUUUCCUAUGAUGAGGUUGGUGAGAGAAUUAAGGAUUUCCUCCAGGGUUCCAGCUGUAUAGCGGGCAUCUACAAUGAGACCACCAAACAAAAGCUUGGCAUUUAUGAGGCCAUGAAAAUUGGUUUGGUCAGACCUGGUACUGCCCUAGAACUUCUAGAAGCUCAAGCAGCCACUGGUUUUAUUGUGGAUCCUGUCAGCAACCUGAGGCUACCAGUGGAAGAAGCCUACAAACGAGGGUUAGUAGGCAUUGAAUUUAAAGAGAAACUCCUGUCAGCUGAACGGGCUGUUACUGGGUAUAAAGAUCCAGAAACAGGAAAUAUCAUCUCCUUGUUCCAAGCCAUGAACAAAGAGCUUAUUGAGAAGGGUCACGGAAUUCGAUUAUUGGAGGCUCAGAUUGCAACAGGUGGAAUCAUUGACCCAAAAGAGAGCCAUCGUUUACCAGUUGACAUAGCUUACAAGAGGGGUUAUUUUAAUGAAGAGUUAAGUGAAAUCUUGUCAGACCCCAGUGAUGACACAAAGGGAUUUUUUGAUCCAAAUACAGAGGAAAAUCUCACCUACUUGCAACUGAAAGAAAGAUGCAUGAAGGAUGAAGAAACAGGACUCUGUCUUUUGCCCUUAAAGGAAAAGAAGAAACCAAUACAGACAUCACAAAAGAAUACACUGAGGAAACGCAGAGUGGUCAUAGUAGACCCAGAAACCAACAAGGAAAUGUCUGUUCAAGAGGCUUACAAGAAGGGUCUUAUUGAUUAUGACACUUUUGUAGAACUCUGUGAGCAAGAGUGUGAGUGGGAAGAAAUAACCAUCACUGGAUCAGAUGGGUCCACCAGGGUGGUCCUAGUUGACAGGAAAACAGGCAGUCAGUAUGAUAUUCAAGAUGCUAUUGAUAAAGGCCUUGUUGACAGAAAAUUCUUUGAUCAAUACCGCUCUGGCAGCCUUAGCCUCACUCAGUUUGCUGAUAUGAUUUCCUUAAAAAAUGGUACCAGCAAUAUUGGCAGUGGUAGUGGUGGAGAUGAAGUUUUCAGUAGUUCUCGACAUGAAUCUGUAAGCAAGACCUCCAGCAUUUCCACCAUCAGAAAUUUAACUAUCCGGAGCAGCUCUUGGUCUGACGCCUUAGAGGAGACAAGCCCCAUUGCAGCCAUCUUUGACACAGAAAACUUGGAGAAAAUUUCAAUUACAGAAGGUAUAGAGAGAGGGAUUGUAGAUAGCAUCACAGGUCAGAGGCUGCUGGAAGCUCAAGCCUGUACAGGAGGCAUCAUCAAUCCCACCACAGGUCAGAAGCUUUCACUUCAAGAUGCGGUCUCCCAGGGCCUCAUUGACCAAGAUAUGGCAACCAGGCUGAAGCCAGCACAGAAAGCAUUUAUCGGCUUUGAAGGUGUGAAGGGGAAGAAGAAGAUGUCAGCAGCAGAAGCAGUUAAGGAGAAAUGGCUACCUUAUGAGGCGGGUCAGCGCUUCCUGGAAUUCCAGUACCUCACUGGAGGCCUGGUUGACCCAGAGGUUCAUGGAAGGAUAAGUUCUGAAGAGGCUAUCAGAAAAGGGUUGAUCGAUGGCCGAGCCGCUCAGAAGCUUCACGACACUGGCAACUAUGCCAAGAUCUUGACCUGCCCCAAAACCAAACUGAAAAUAUCCUACAAAGAUGCUAUGAAUCGAUCCAUGGUGGAGGAUAUCACUGGGUUACGUCUGCUGGAAGCAGCUUCAGUUUCAUCCAAGGGUUUGCCAAGCCCAUAUAAUGUAUCUUCUGCUCCAGGAUCCCGUUCAGGGUCUCGAUCUGGAUCUCGCUCUGGCUCACGUAGUGGAUCCAGGAGAGGCAGCUUUGAUGCAUCUGGGAAUUCAUCAUACUCGUAUUCCUACACGUUCAGCAGUAGCUCCAUUGGGCAUUAGUAAUCAGUUGGCAGUAGUUGGUAGAUCUUAGAUUAUAUGAACCUACACUUUUAUUAAAUAAAAAGUUAAAUAAAAAAAAGAAAACAUAUUUGUAGUGGUGAUAACAUAGUUUACUCUUAGGGUGAUGGCCUAUUAGAAGAUGAAGCCAUGUUUAAAAUCAAAUAGCAAGGCCAUUUCUGGCUAUUUAUCUUCUCAGCUCAUCUCAAAUGAACAUAAUUUGCUUUGGGUAUACUCUGUAUGUAGUAGUAGCAAUCAUUUGUAAGAAUAUCACAAAUUAUGAGUUUAGAGUUAUUUUUUCUUUUGUUUCCCAUUUAGAGUUUUGAGUAAUUCUUUCUGAAAAAGGUUUUGUUGUUGUUGCAUAUACUUUACACUGCUACUCAUCUUGGGAAUAAAAAAUUAAGUUGAUAAGAUUUUUCAGAUCACAGUUUAUUCUGUUGCUUAUCUAAAUUUUUUUCAAUUUAUUGUGUUAUAGCCCCCAACUUGAAUGUAGAUUCACAACUGCAAAGUGAACAAAUUAACAAAUAAAUAGCCCAAGCACUGUGGAAUGCAUUUUGUAUUUUAGUUUUUCAGCAUGGGCUCUGACCGAAAAUGAAAUAUUUGGAGUUUUUUGUCACAUGCACUUGGAUGUACUUUAAUGUACUUGUUUGCUACAGCUGUAACUGGACAGGAAGUGCAUGAUUCUCAGUAGCCUUUCCUUUUUGUUACCUCACCUGAAAUCUGUUAAUCUUGUCUUUUUCUUUGUAAUCUUAAAAAGGGGUCUGCAUCAAGUUUGGCAAUAAACUUUUAAACUUUUAAA